GCACAAAAAUAGAAUGUUGAGUUACAACAAAAAAGAUAACUUAUGCAACUGUAAAACUUUAGUUGCUACCCUUGUUACUAGGAUAACGUGAAUUUGGUCUUUACAAAACGUUUGAUGUAAACGCAGCGCAAAUUUCACAGAUGAACAAAAUAUUGUGAAGGAUCAAAUAUAGUGGAUGCCAUGGAAAGGAGAAGAAAUGAAACCAGAAAUACCCAGGAUGAAACACCACCUAAAGUAGCAGGAAGCUCUCAUGCAGCUUUUACAUCAAGCAACGAUGACACCAACCAUCCUUCAAUAAGUGAACCUCAACCUACUGUUUCUUCACAAUAUGUGUCCAUACCUGCUCCUAACUCCACUCAGGCAGGAACAGAUUUGGCUUCAUUUUCUACAACUGCCCCCCCAACCACUGCCCCCGGCACAACAAAUGAUCAGCAACGACCUGUGAUGAUAAACAACCCAGAAGAUGUUCAUUUUCACCAGCAAACACAAAAUGAAUUCCAUCUUCACCACCAAACACAAAAUGUGCACCACCACCACUACCACUACCAUAAUCCACAGCAACAACUCACACAGGAAGGCCAACCACAAGCAACCAACCAACCACAAGCAACCAACCAACCACAAGCAACCAACCAAUCACAAGCAGCCAACCAACCACAAGCAACCAACCAACCACAAGCAACCAACCAACUACAAGCAACCAACCAACCACAACUUAUUGAUAUACUCGUUGAAAAAUUAAUACGGCUAUUAAGAAGAAUAAUAGAAGAACUUCGUGGAGAAACCCUCUUGCCAGCGGGAGUUUCAGUUCCAGGUCGUAUCACCAAGCCUGUUCCACUUUUAAUAACCAAGGUCCGACAAAUAUUAGAUGAUGAAUGGAAGCUACAUAGAAACCAACGUGAGGACUUGCAACGUAUGUACACACCAGAAGGUUCUAUACUGAUUGAGGAACUGUUUGAUGUUGCAAAACAAGUGGCUCAACAAGAAGCAGACGAGAAGUGCAACACACCUGAAGCCAAAGCCAUGCAUGUAGUAAGAUAUGGUAACAUUGUUUGUGCGGUUGGACUACCUGGGGUUGGUAAGAGCACUCUUUUAAAGAUGAUGAUCAACUGUAUUGUUGUAGAUAAAUCAGUAAAACCAGAUACACAGUUUUUGUUCCACGUCUCACUGAAGAAAUUUAACCCAAAGAAGAAAGUUACUCUGUUGGAAUUUCUUCUGUAUGGCAACUUGAGUGAGUGGAAUCAUUCUGAUGAAGAGAACAAAGCUUUGGUUCAUUUCCUGUACAACAAUCCAAAUGUUGUUAUUUCGAUUGAUGGAUGGGAUGAACUGUAUACAGAACAAGCCAAUGAAAGGCUCCAUGAGUGUCAACUGGAUAGCAAGGAAAUUCCAGAGGUCUUUGUCAAGAACUUGUUGAUGGGUAAUCUUCUACCUAAUGCUGUGAAAUUUAUCACAUCAAGACCAGGUCAGUUUUACAAGCUUCACCCUGAUUAUCGACAAGGUUUGGUUUCUGAGGUGCGUGGUAUGGAUAAAUCUGCAAAGAAGGAUCUUACUAAACAGAUGUGUGGUGAAGCUAAUACUGAAACUGUGGAAAAAUAUUUGGCAGAUCGUCCAAACUUGGAUGCUUUGUGUUCAAUUCCAGUCAACUGUAUUCAGAUUGUAGCUUGUCUCCAUUCAAGCGUGUCAUCGGGUCGUGAUAUCAACUCAAUGACUGAUGUGUUCAUUCAUACUCUUACCAACUACAAAGCUUCAGAUCAUGUAAAAACAAACAUGUCAGAACGAGAAAUUGGACAAGAACUGGUUAAACUUGCUCACCUUGCAUACAAAGGACUUGCUGAAAGAAAGUUGGUGUUUAAGCAAGCCGACUUUGAAGAAGUAGGAAUCAACAAACAAACUGUUGAUAUAUUUCUGCACACCUAUGUUGAAAAGUCCCAUCAUUUAAAAAUGAGAAUCUUGGAAGGAAAGAAACGAAGUUACUUCACCCAUCUCACCUCGCACGAGUUUUACUCAGCAUUUCAUCUAAUGCUGUUCAUGUCACAAGAAGAAUUCCGCAGAUGUAUGGACACUUUCUAUGAUCCACAUUGGGAAGUCGUGACACGAUUUUUAUUUGGUAUUUGUAACUCAGCUUCAUAUGAAGAUCUAAAAGUGAUUUUCCCAGCUUCGAUGAUUAAAGAUUACAAGGAGAAGAAGAAUAUUCUCAAGUCUUUAAUUUCACAUGAAGAUCAAGAUGUGAUCACAUUGUCAGGUUGGGUGCAUGAAGCCAACGAUGCAGAAAUAUCACAAAGGUUUCAAGAGCGCAUGCCACAGCUUAUUAAGAUGAAGGCUCCUAGUUAUCCCACAGAAGUCUCUGAUGUUGUGUUCGCAUUCAACACCUUCACAACUCCUCACGACCUGGACCUAGACAUGGUUGAUUUAGAUGAAACUUCAGCUGUAACUUUGCUUCGAAGAUUGCAUGGAAGUCAAGCAAAGAUCAAAAGAUUAAACAUGCAAGAUGUGUGGAUGACAGAUUCAACGACACAAGCCCUUCUUCCUCAUCUUGAUGUGAUGGAUAAGCUUUGUUUGGUAUUUUCUAUGUUUAAUCUCAUGAACCUGAACCCCUACAUGGAAGAUAUAUCCAGGAAAAUAAUGGAUCGGCAAAACAAAAUACAGCUUAAUAUAAAUGCACUACUGGAUGAGAAUGCUACACACUGGUUAGUCCGGUGUCUUUCUAAUGUGAGUGACUUAACAAUAAGUGAGGAGAAACUUUCUGCACAAAAUCGUAUCAUCUUACAUGAAGCUGUUGAACGACUAACAAACCCACAAGGUUUGACAGUGAAUGACAUCAAUGGUGAUCAAUGGCCAAUUUGUUGGGGAUUGUAUGGACAUCAACCAGAUGAUGAUGUAAUGCAAAUCUUACAACUUCCACCUGGAAAAAUCAAAAGAUUAAACAUGCAAAAUGUGCCGAUGACAGAUUCAACGACACAAGCCCUUCUUCCUCAUCUUGAUGUGAUGGAUAAGCUUGGUUUGGAAUCUAGGUUCAAUGACAUGAACCUGAACCCCUACAUGGAAGAUAUAUCCAGGAAAAUAAUGGAUCGGCAAAACAAAAUACAGCUUGGUAUAGAUGAAACACUGGGUGAGAAUGUUACACACUGGUUAGCCCGGUGUCUUUCUAAUGUGAGUGACUUAACAAUAAAUGAGGAGAAACUUUCUGCACAAAAUCUUAUCAUCUUACAUGAAGCUGUUGAACAACUAACAAACCCACAAGGUUUGACAGUGAAUGACAUCAUUGGUGAUCGAUGGUCAAAGUAUUGGAGAUUGUAUAAACAUCAACCAGAUGAUGAUGUAAUGCAAAUCUUACAACUUUCACCUGGAAAAAUCGAACGAUUAAAUAUCAAAGAUGUGCGGAUGACAGAUUCAACGACACAAGCCCUUCUUCCUCAUCUUGAUGUGAUGGAUAAGCUUGGUUUGGUAUCGGUACACAAUGACAUAAACCUGAACCCCUACAUGGAAGAUAUAUCCAGGAAAAUAAUGGAUCGGCAAAACAAAAUACAGCUUGGUAUAGAUGCACAACUGGAUGAGAAUGCUACACACUGGUUGGCCCGGUGUCUUUCUAAUGUGAGUGACUUAACAAUAAGUGAGGAGAAACUUUCUGCACAAAAUCUUAUCAUCUUACAUGAAGCUGUUGAACGACUAACAAACCCACAAGGUUUGACAGUGAAUGACAUCAAUGGUGAUCGAUGGUCAAAGUAUUGGGGAUUGUAUGAACACCAACCAGAUGAUGAUGUAAUGCAAAUCCUACAACUUCCACCUGGAAAAAUCAAAGGAUUAAAUAUCUUCAGAUUGUGGAUGACAGAUUCAACGACACAAGCCCUUCUUCCUCAUCUUGAUGUGAUGGAUAAGCUUGGUUUGGUAUCUGUACACAAUGACAUGAACCUGAACCUCUACAUGGAAGAUAUAUCCAGGAAAAUAAUGGAUCGGCAAAACAAAAUACAAAUAUGGAUGUAUGGUCCUGCAGUCGAACAUGUGAGACCAUUGUUCCAAUGUCUUGAUAAAAUAUCGAAACUCUGUCUUGAUAUGGAACAACUUACAAGUGAAAACAAUCGUUUACUGGAAGAAGCAAUUCAACGUUUACAUUCUCCACAGGAUUUUGUCUUGGAGGAAAUAGCUGAUGUAGAUACUGAUGAGGAUCAGUAUUUGGCUCAGUAUAAAGAAUUUUGGAACCAAUGACUUGAUUUUUACAUUUUCUCUUUUUUUAUUUCUACAACAUUAUAACUCGUCUGAAAUAUCCUGAAUUAUUUUAAACAAAAUCAUGGAAUAUAAGUUUGGUUGCGUUUUCCAACAGUUCUUUGAAUUUCAUUCCUUCCAUAAAGUAACAAACUUCACUGUGCAGCAUAUUUGUUUAUACCAACAUAAGAUAUCAACGCACAUCUAUGAUAGAAAACCAUGAAACAUCAUGUGUGCAACAAAAUAUGUGUCUAAUUAUCAAUGUGCACAUGAGCAUUCCAUUCACCCCUCUGCAUUCACUCUUGCAAAAUGUAUUCACCCAGUUAAGAAUACUGUUGUAUAUUAAGAUCAUAGUGACCACUGAGUUGUUCAUUAAGUUUUAAAACUGAUGAAAGAAAUGAUUUAUUUUUAUCUCCCCUCGAUUCAAUGUUUAACCAUCCAUUGUUUAUUUGAUGAUGUCAUAAUCACCAUUAUCCCACAUGAUUAUGUAUCAACAAUCACAUUGUGAUGGAACAAAAAUGACUUUGAUUAAUUUGCGCUCUCUCUCUUGUUGUUCUAUUGCCACGUUACUCAGUUUCCUUGUGUUGCUUUGCCAGUUCUACUGUAGUUAACGGGUUGUUAUCACGUAGGUUACUGUUUAGGUUCGUUUUACCCUUACAUAAUAUAUUAGUGACUAAUCGUUUCACAUACUUCUUCAAUUAUUUCGUUUUGUUUGUCUUUAAUUCCUUUUGACCGUUUGUUUUCACGUAGGUUGCUGUCGAGCCAUAGUUACAUAAAAAGUUCCAAGCCUUAUUUAAUAAAUCAGCCACUGAUCGUUUCAUCUACUCCCCCAAAGUUCAAUUAUUUCAUUGAUGUUUUGUUUAUUUUUGAUAAAACUCAUAUGAAUAUCAUGUUUGUAUCAUGUUAACCACUGAUAUUAUAUUGCAUGCUUAUCUUAUAAAAUUUCAUAUAAAUUCCCUUGCAUUUAGAUGUGUUUUGUAGCAGCUUACACCAAUAUUCCAAUAUAAAGUUGGUCAUUUCA